CUGCGUGAAUUACGUACAGACGGUUUCGAGGACUAUCAAGGAUGUCAAGAGUACCGCCUAACUCUCGUCCUAACCUCCGUUGACUAUGAGAAAGCGUUUGACAGCGUCAAGACUAAUGCCUUAUUGGCAGUGCUUGUCGACCAAGUGGACCCAUCUUACGUGAGAACAUUGGCCGACUGCUACAAGAACUGCUCUACAUCAGUGGAGCAUCGUCCCCUUAACAUACCAAUUUCAAAGAGGGUUCGACAAGGCGACACCGUGUCGCCAAAGCUGUUUACCGCUGCGUUGCAGUGGAGUAUCACUGAUGCGGAGACGAUUUUGAAGGAACUAAACGGAGUAGAGAAGCGGAGAGGACUGCGAAUUAACCAGAAGAAGACUCAGUUCAUGAAAAACGCUUUUUGUGAGAAUCAGGAAAUGGAAUUAAAAGGCUCUCCAAUCGCGGAGACGUCUUCUUACGUGUAUCUCGGGCGUUCGAUGAACAUGGAGAACGAAGUCAACGAUAUAUUUGGAGCGGCAAUAAUGGAACUCUUAGAACUUAUAGCUAAUGCUUCUCGGUUACUGGAAGAGAACUCACCCAGAGCAAUUCAAGGUUUGGGAGAUUCGUCGCAGCCAUUAGGAUUCCAGACGAAUUGUUCUCAUAUUCUUUUGACAAGAGGUGGUCGAGGGGCCACAAGGGAGAUGCGCGCUUCUUGUGCAGGAAGAGUUUUUUCGAAUAGACCUGUAUCUCUGAAUGAAAUUGUUGGUAUGCGAGUGCGCGGUGAAGUGUCACUGCAAAAUAAUAUUGAAGUCAAGUUUACUAAUUUUUAUCCAGGAGUUAAAAUCUCAUCGGCGUGA